CCGGCUCUGGCGGCCCCUGAGCUCCUCCUGCCCCGGCCGGGACCCCUUGGAGGGGCCGGGAUGAUUCCCAGGACAUUCCCGGGACAAUUCCCGGGACAAUUCCCGGGACAAUUCCCGAAUUCCCGGCUGCCAUUCCCACAUUCCCAGCUGCCAUUCCCUGUUUUCCAGCUGGCAGAGCUGAAGCAGGAGUGCCUGGCCCGGGGCCUGGAAGCCAAAGGCAACAAACAGGACCUGAUCCAUCGGCUCCAGGCCUACCUGGAGGAACACGCCGAGGAAGAGCCCAACGAGGAGGAUGUGCUGGGAGAGGAGAUUGAG